CACUCCCAUCACUCCACCCACCACCUCCAGCCAUAUCUGCACCCGCCCUCCCACUGCGCCCUCCCGCCCCAUACCAUCCUCUACAUACUCUCCGUCAACACACCCUCUCCGUCCCACGCCUCCCGCUCCGUCUCCCCCGUCAGUGUCUCGUGUGAUCGCAUGGCAAAUGCACGCGACCGCACCAUCACCUGCCAAUCUCUAGCUCCCGCCCGGUAA